AUGGCUGGCGCAGACGAGACGCUCGCAGCCGCCUCUGCCAUUCUUCAGAGCCUGGCCAGAGACCCCGAACUGAAUUCUUCCCACACAACUACCAAUGGCUGUGAUGCGAAUCUCGCCAAAUUGCCAGGAGAACCUAGCCAAGCAAAGGCAGCAUUUGAAAAUGAGUUGGAGGCUUUGAUUCGACGUGUUCGCCAUCUAGAGUUUCAAAUUGUCAGUCAUCAACCAUACCCCCGAACUCUUCCCGAAUUACCUUUGUCUUCCACCAAGGAUUCUGAUUUUCUGUGGCUUUUCGGGCUCUCUCGCCUGUCCUCUCAUGAAGGAGUUGCUUCUAACUCUUCUUGCGCCAUGCAGCAGGAAACUUCACGACGUCGCCAGAGAACAAGGAGAAACCGCCGUGAAGCGGAAGACAAUGAAGCCGAUGAGGCACUCGAUGACGACGAUAGUGAUGGAGAUGACGAUGUGGACUCGAGGACUCGACUAGUUCGCGAGGAAGACAUCAGUUAUCUGCGGAAUCAUGUACAGAAACAGGCGGAGGAAAUAAGCUUUCAAAAAGACAUCAUCGCUCAAGUUCGUGACGAGCUGCUGCAGCAGGAGGAGCACACUCGACGGGCUCUGACCAAGGUUGAGAAUGAAGAUGUGGUCCUGUUGGAACGCGAGCUACGCAAGCACCAGCAAGCCAACGAGGCUUUCCAGAAAGCCCUUCGGGAAAUUGGUGGCAUCAUCACACAGGUCGCGAAUGGUGACUUGUCCAUGAAGGUGCAGAUUCACCCCCUCGAAAUGGACCCUGAAAUCGCCACUUUCAAGCGCACGAUCAACACCAUGAUGGACCAGCUGCAGGUUUUCGGUAGUGAGGUGUCCAGAGUCGCCCGAGAGGUCGGCACAGAAGGUAUCCUUGGUGGACAGGCUCAGAUCACUGGGGUUCACGGUAUUUGGAAGGAGCUUACGGAGAACGUCAACAUCAUGGCCAAGAAUCUCACUGAUCAGGUGCGUGAAAUUGCGGCGGUGACGACCGCUGUCGCCCAUGGCGAUCUCAGUCAGAAGAUCGAAAGCCGUGCUCAGGGUGAAAUCCUGGAACUGCAACAGACCAUCAACACCAUGGUCGAUCAACUGCGCACAUUUGCAACGGAGGUCACCCGUGUCGCUCGUGAUGUCGGUACGGAAGGUGUCCUGGGUGGCCAGGCUCAGAUUGAAGGCGUCCAAGGCAUGUGGAAUGAGCUGACUGUGAAUGUCAACGCCAUGGCAAACAAUUUGACAACACAAGUGCGAGACAUUGCAACUGUCACCAAGGCUGUGGCCAAGGGCGAUCUGACACAGAAGGUUCAAGCCAACUGCAAAGGAGAAAUCGCUGAGCUCAAGAAUAUUAUCAACUCCAUGGUGGACCAGCUGCGGCAGUUCGCCCAGGAGGUCACCAAGAUUGCUAAGGAAGUCGGUACAGAUGGCGUUCUAGGUGGCCAGGCCACCGUCAAUGAUGUGGAAGGCACGUGGAAAGACUUGACUGAGAAUGUCAACCGAAUGGCAAACAACCUGACCACCCAGGUCAGGGAGAUCGCCGAUGUCACAACCGCCGUCGCAAAAGGUGAUCUGACCAAGAAGGUCACGGCCAACGUUCAGGGUGAAAUACUAGAUCUGAAGAGCACCAUCAAUGGCAUGGUCGACCGGCUGAAUACUUUUGCCUUCGAAGUGAGCAAAGUUGCCAGGGAAGUCGGCACAGAUGGUACCCUCGGCGGCCAAGCCAAGGUUGACAAUGUGGAAGGCAAAUGGAAGGAUCUCACAGACAACGUCAACACCAUGGCCCAGAAUUUGACGUCCCAGGUCCGAAGUAUUUCAGACGUCACGCAGGCUAUCGCGAAGGGUGACCUCAGCAAGAAGAUCGAAGUCCACGCUCAAGGAGAGAUCUUGACUCUCAAGGUCACGAUCAAUCACAUGGUGGAUCGUCUCGCGAAAUUCGCAACUGAGCUUAAAAAGGUCGCUCGCGAUGUCGGCGUGGACGGAAAAAUGGGCGGUCAAGCCAAUGUGGAGGGGAUUGCUGGAACAUGGAAGGAGAUCACGGAGGAUGUCAAUACAAUGGCUGAGAACCUGACUUCGCAGGUGCGUGCGUUUGGUGAGAUCACCGAUGCUGCAACCGACGGCGAUUUCACUAAGCUCAUCACCGUCAACGCUUCUGGAGAGAUGGACGAACUCAAGCGCAAGAUCAACAAGAUGGUCUCCAAUCUCCGAGACAGUAUUCAGCGAAACACUGCUGCCAGGGAGGCAGCUGAGCUGGCGAAUCGUACCAAGUCCGAAUUUCUGGCGAACAUGAGUCACGAGAUCCGAACUCCCAUGAACGGCAUCAUAGGCAUGACACAACUCACUCUAGACACUGACGACCUUAAGCCUUACACGCGCGAGAUGUUGAAUGUAGUACACAACUUGGCGAACAGCUUGCUAACAAUCAUCGAUGACAUACUCGACAUUUCCAAAAUUGAAGCCAAUCGGAUGGUCAUUGAAAGCAUUCCUUUCACAGUGAGGGGGACUGUGUUCAACGCUCUCAAGACGCUGGCCGUCAAGGCCAACGAAAAGUUCCUCAGUCUGACAUAUCAGGUUGACAAUACUGUACCAGACUAUGUCAUCGGCGAUCCCUUCCGUCUGCGUCAGAUCAUUUUGAACUUGGUCGGCAAUGCCAUCAAGUUUACUGAGCAUGGUGAGGUCAAGCUUACGAUUCGCAAGUCAGACCGAGAGCAAUGUGCGCCCAACGAAUAUGCCUUUGAGUUUUCGGUCUCUGACACCGGCAUUGGUAUUGAAGAGGAUAAGCUGGAUCUCAUAUUCGACACCUUCCAACAGGCAGAUGGAUCCACCACACGCAGAUUCGGUGGUACAGGUCUCGGCCUCUCUAUUUCCAAGCGACUCGUCAACCUGAUGGGCGGUGAUGUGUGGGUUACAUCCGAGUACGGUCAUGGCAGCACGUUCCAUUUCACAUGCGUCGUGAAGCUCGCCGAUCAGUCCUUGAACGUCAUCGCGUCACAGCUCAUGCCAUAUAAGCAUCACCGGGUUCUCUUCAUUGACAAGGGCCAGAACGGUCUCCAGGCCGAGAACAUCAUUAAGAUGCUGAAGCAGCUCGAGCUGGAGCCUAUAGUAGUGAGGGACGAAGAUCAUGUUCCACCACCAGAGAUUCAGGAUCCGUCAGGCAAAGAAUCGGGCCACGCAUAUGAUGUUAUAAUCGUGGAUUCGGUGGACACGGCUCGCUUAUUACGAACCUAUGAUGACUUCAAAUAUGUCCCUAUUGUCUUAGUCUGUCCCCUUGUUUGCGUGAGCUUGAAGUCAGCGCUGGAUCUUGGUAUCAGUUCCUACAUGACCACACCAUGUCAACCAAUAGACCUCGGCAACGGUAUGCUGCCAGCUCUGGAAGGACGAUCUACUCCAAUCACCACCGAUCAUUCCCGGUCAUUUGACAUCCUGCUCGCGGAGGACAACGACGUGAACCAGAAAUUAGCGGUCAAGAUCCUGGAGAAGCACAACCAUAAUGUCUCGGUUGUCGGCAACGGAUUGGAAGCGGUGGAGGCCGUCAAGCAGCGUCGCUACGAUGUUAUCUUGAUGGAUGUGCAGAUGCCUGUCAUGGGCGGUUUCGAAGCCACUGGUAAGAUUCGCGAAUAUGAGCGAGAGGCCGGUCUUUCUCGCACACCUAUUAUUGCACUCACUGCACACGCCAUGCUGGGCGAUCGCGAGAAGUGUAUACAGGCUCAGAUGGACGAAUACUUGUCAAAACCUCUGAAACAAAACCAAAUGAUGCAGACAAUCCUCAAGUGUGCAACCCUGGGCGGUUCGCUCCUCGAGAAAAGCAAGGAGUCCCGACUUUCCAGCAGUGGCGAACUUCACCACUCUGAAGGGAAGCGCCCUGGUAUGGAGACAAGGUCCAUCACAGCUUCAGGGUCCAUCCAUCGUGGCUUCUCGAGCCCCAUGGCUGCAAAAGGCGAUGAGAUUGCCAUGGAACGGGUCAGUGGUUAUCGCUCUCGAACUGCUGUAUGA